AUGACCUUCUCCAAACUCAUGGACGGCGUGGUCAGCAAGGGCCCCUUCCAGUUCAUCAUCAUGGCCUUGCUGGGCAUCCCAAUCCUCGGCAUGGCCAACCACAACCUGCUGCAGAUCUUCACAGCUGCCACCCCCUCCUACCACUGUCGCCCGCCCCCCAACGCCUCCGCGGGGCUCUGGGUGCUCCCCACGGGCCUGAAUGGGAAGCCUGAGCUGUGCCUCCGUUUCGUGUACCCACCCAACGCCAGCCUGCCCAACGACACCCACAGGGCCACUGAGCCAUGCUUAGAUGGCUGGGUCUACAACGUCAGCACCGAGAGCUCCAUUGUGACCGAGUGGGACUUGGUGUGCGAAUCCAACAAACUGAAGGAGAUGGCCCAGUCUGUGUACAUGGCGGGCACUCUGGUCGGCGGGAUCGUGCUGGGAGACCUGUCUGACAGGUUUGGCCGAAAGCCCAUCCUGUCCUACAGCUACCUGCUGCUGGCGGCCAGUGGCUCAGGUGCAGCCUUCAGCCCCACCCUCUCUACUUACAUGGUCUUGCGCUUCCUGUGUGGCUUCAGCAUCUCAGGUGUUACCCUGAGCACCAUGAUCUUGAAUGUUGAGUGGGUGUCCAUCCAGAUGCGGGCCAUCAUGUCGACGGCGAUUGGCUACUUCUACUCCGUCGGCCAGUUCAUUCUGCCCGGCCUGGCCUACAUCAUUCCCCAGUGGCGCUGGCUACAGUUAACCGUGUCCAUUCCUUUCUUUGCCUUCUUCCUGUUGUCUUGGUGGGUACCAGAGUCUAUACGCUGGAUGGUCCUUUCUGGAAGGACUCCAAAGGCCCUGAAGAUCCUCCAGUGGGUGGCUGCCUUCAAUGGCAAGAAAGAAGACGGAGACAAACUCAGGCCGGAGGAGCUCAUACACAACCUGCAGAAGGAGAUCUCCUUGGCCAAGGCCAGGUACAGCGUAGCUGACCUGUUCCGGACACCCAUCCUGCGCCGUGUGACCUUCUGUCUUUCGAUCUCCUGGUUCUCCACAGGUUUUGCCUACUACAGUUUGGCUCUAAGUGUGGGAGAAUUUGGAUUCAACCUCUACCUCCUCCAGCUCAUCUUUGGUGGAGUCGACAUCCCAGCCAAGUUCCUCGCCAUCCUCUCCAUGAGCUAUCUGGGUCGGCACACCACCCAGGCCACUACCUUACUCCUGGCAGGAGGGUGCAUCCUGGCUCUCGUCUUUGUGCCCUCGGACUUGUGGACCCUGAGGACAAUACUGGCUGUGUUUGGGAAGGGAUGCCUGUCCAGCUCCUUCAGCUGCCUCUUCCUCUACACGAGCGAGCUAUACCCCACAGUCAUCCGGCAAACAGGUAUGGGCAUAAGCAACUUGUUCACCCGCAUCGGAAGCCUCACGGCCCCGCUGGUGAGAAUCACAGGAGAGUUCCACCCUUUCGUCCCCAAUGUCAUUUUUGGGACCGUCGCCCUCCUGGGAGGCAGUGCUGCCUUCUUCCUGCCUGAGACGCUCAAUCGACCCUUGCCAGAGACCAUCGAAGAAGUGGAAAACUGGUCAGUGCCCUGCCUCUGA